UGGAGGGCCAUUUGGAUUAGUUGUGUUCGCCAACAUAUUUAAGAACCAAAAGAGAAAGUCAGACUCCUCCAAAAGAAAGAUUCUUCCUCUAAGGGAGGAAACCACGAGUCUAUGAGUGAUGACUGGCUUCAAACAGGGAACUGCCCAAUCGCUAAAUCCUACCGAGCUGUAAGUGGUGUGGCACCGCUCGUAGCAAAGAUCCUGCAACCCCCUCCCGGAAUGCAGUACAAGUGUCCUAAAGCAAUAGUAGCAGCUCGAGCAGCCAUAUCAAAAACCGCUUUCGCCAAGAACCUCCGGCCACAACCUUUAUCAUCCAAAGUACUAGUCAUCGGGAUGCUGGGGAUGGCCCUGAACGUGCCCCUAGGUGUUUGGAGAGAGCACACUGAAAAGUUCUCGGCAUCUUGGUUUAUAGCUCUUCACGCAGCGGUUCCUUUCAUAGGAAUACUGAGGAAGUCUGUGUUGAUGCCUAAAAUGGCGAUGGUUUUUACCAUAGCAGCGUCUGUUAUGGGACAAGUGAUUGGGUCAAGAGCAGAGAGGUAUAGGCUUAAGUCGGUAGCUCAGAAGAAACUCACGUUGACAGGACCUGAUAAAGUAGAUGGAAGGUGCGGUGUGAUGAAAUGGAAUCCCAUGCUGCUUGAGAUAGCAAGUCCUGUUUCUACGUGAGCAGCUAGUGUGGUCUGCUAAAAGCUUUUGGUUUCUUCUUCGACGAGCUGGAUAUAUGUAUAGUUGUUUCUAUUCUUGUUUCGGCCAUUGUAUUUGAGAAAGUUUAUAAAUGUUUGAAUAAGGUAAGAAUAAGUGUUAUUUUUUCUUCUUUUA